GAGUUAUAUACCAGCCCUUUACAAACCAAAUUUGAUGAGCUGGUUAUUUCCAAUUCAGGCAAUACUGAUAAUAAAUUCAACACCCCAAAGAAGUGCAACAAGAAUGGUCCUUUAACAGAAUGUUUAAAACUCAGAAAGUUGCCAAGGGAUCUGAGUAAAAAAGGAUACUCAGUAACUGUAAGCAGCAUAAGGAUACAAUAUAAGAAUUCAGUCUCUAACAAAGAUGACAAAAGCAGCAGCUUUGCUCGUACUGAGGGUGCUUCCUCGAGUCAUUCUUUGGAUAACAUGUACCUGAGAGGAGGGGCAAAAUUUCAGAAUAGGCAUCUUCAGCAGUAGUUCUGACACUUGUUAUUGGAUUGAAAUCACUCUACAGUAAUCCAAAAAGUCCGAGGUCAAGAUCUGGUGUUCUAGAAAUUCCCAGGUGGAUACUCUACCUUUCCGCGUCAGAUUCCAGCUUAUCAAAACACAGGAGAGGAAAAUAGUCAUUGCAGAGGCUAUUGGAACUUCAUCGCUAGGAUUCUUUUACUUUAUUUCUAACCUUGGUGUCAAAAACAAAUGAGACAAAUUUGUUUGUUCCCAUCUUUGUAUUUGGACAUAUGCUUAAUGAAAAGAGAGAUUUAAGCAGAAUUUUAAGAUUUCUUUAUAUUAAUUGGGACUUGAUUUUGUGGGGAAGUUGGGUAGAAUUAGCUCUUUCCCUCUUCUUGUAUGAAAGGGGGAUCCGCAGAGAGAUAGGGUACAGCUUCAAGUCUUCGUUUCUGGGGGGUAAAAUCGCAGAAAAAAUUGACAGAAUUCCGGAUGCAAUCAAGUGGAAGAUAAUAUAAAUUGUUUUGUCUUGUUUGCUACUUACAAAUACUUUUCCCUUCUUGGUUCUAGAAUAGGUAGGAAGGGGAAUGGAGUCAGUUUAAAGGGGUGAUCUCACAUGGGGUUUCCUUAAAUUUGAUUCAAAACCCUGUCCUAUACUGGUAUGCUGCUCUUUAUUUAUUUUUAAGUAAAAAUCUGCUUGCUGGUUGGAUAUUGAAACUGCUACUACUUCAGGAAGGCAUAUUUUGAGUUUCGUGUUAAUUUCUGUUUAUUAGAGCCUCUAAUUAUUUUGAACGAAUUGGACAGUUAUUUCUCAUCAUCCCAAGGCUUAAGAUUGCUAUGUAAUCAUAAACAGCAAAACUUCUUGUAUUCUUUGUUACAUGUUCCUAACAUGUUUGGUAUUAGAAUAUGCUUGUGGUGCCUAUCUCAUCUGCCAAGAACAGCAUUAGAAACAUGGGCAGCUUGGGCUGAGACCACAAUUAACCCAAACAGGCCAAGUGUAUUAUUCCGGACCUUUGAAUCUUCCCAUUGGAGGAAUGUUGCAUAGAAAGUCACUCUUUUGCUGCUAGUUUUCCGUUAUCAUGAUAAUUUAGGUUGCCUAUUGAUAGAAUUGAAGUCUUUGAUAAUGUGCCUUGUCUAUGGAUCUUUUCCAGAGAAACUUUUUUGUCAUACCUCCAUAUCAUUAUUGUAUGGGGGCCUAAGUUGGAUGGUCGUUAAGACAUUAGCUUCCUUGUUAUUUUCUGUUAUUGAGAAGCCCGUUCCAGAUCCUUGCUGAGUUUGUGCUCUGUUAUUUGGCUGUUUAUGUGCCUGGAACUUAGAAAAUUGAAAUGCAAACAAGUUGUCCAGAAUUGGUUGAAUCGUAAUAUGCAUGCAUGAUUCUCACUGUUUGCUAAUCAUGUUGAGAUUAUGUGUCAAUCAAAUAGCUAGUGUGUCAGUUAAUAGAAUUUGAUUUUUCUGAAUUUAUUGAUUAAGCUUAUGCCAUGAUAAUCUUACUGUUUGCAAAUUUUGCUAAUCAUCUGGAGCUUAUGUGUCAAUCAUGCUGUAGUGUGUCAGUUAAUAGAAUUUGAUUUCCAUGGAAAUUUUGAGUAUAUGAGUUUGAAAUUUUUCUGAAUUUAAUGAUUAAGCUUAUUAAAUGAUAGUAGAGUUCAAGAAUCACGUUGGCUUCUGCUCCCAGUUGAAAUCUAAGUGAAGGAGUACCUCCUGCAAUUGUACUUGUGAGCAGCCACCAUCUUUCUGGACACAUUGCAUUAAAUGCGGCAUUGGCAGAUGCAGUACUACUGUCAUGAAAGUUAUGUAGGAAAAUUCAUGCAAUGCCAAGAUUGUAAACCAGUGUACAAGAAAAGAAGUACUGCUGAGCAUGUUCAGAGGGGUUCUGAAACAUAAGAUGAGCAUUCUGAUUCAGAUGGGAGGCUUAGAGGUUCAGUGGUGUAGUGAAGCAAUCAAGUAAGAACACAUGGAAGAGUUAUGUUGUAUUAUUUAGCUUCAUUAUGUUAUUAUGAUUUUAGGUUUCAUUUGCAGU